UUCCAUGCACAUUUAUAUAAAUCAUUUUGUCCCUCUCUAGCCAUAUCCUACCUUUUGUAUAAUUUCUAAAUGUUUUAAUUUACCCAAUUUUAACAAAAAUGAGUAGUCAACAACAACAACCGAAAAGGCAACCAGAAGCCGAUCCGAUCAAAUACGGUGAUGUUUUUGCUGUCUCUGGUGAGCUAGGAGAAAAAGCUGUUAAGCCGGAAGAUGCAGCCAUGAUGCAGAGCGCCGAGACCGCGGUGCUUGGGAAGACGCAAAAGAACGGUCCAGCGGCUGCCAUGCAAUCAGCCGCUAAUGUUAACGUGAGCGCCGGUUUGGUUACACCGGGUGAUGUUACUGAUGUUGCGGCUAGAGAGGGUGUUACGGUUACUGGGACGGCCGUUCCUGGAGCUAAUAUUAUUACUGAAUCAGUUGCUGGACAGGUAGUAGCACAAUACAUCCAGCCAACAGGAGGACAACCACAAGACACAACUGUUAGGAGAGAAAUCACAAUAGGAGAAGCUCUUGAAGCGGCUGGACAAACAAUACCGGGGAAGCCAGUGGAUCAAUGUGAUGCAGCAGCAAUCCAAGCAGCUGAAAUGCGAGCAACAGGCAGUAAUGUUAUCACUCCUGGAGGCGUUGCAGCCACUGCUCAGUCGGCUGCUGCCUAUAAUGAAUCUAUGAUAAGAGACGAGGACAAAGUUAAGCUUGGAGAUGUCUUGUCGAGUGCUACUAAGGUAUUACCGGCGGAUAAGGUAGCGACGAGGCAGGAUGCAGAAGGGGUGGUAGGGGCGGAGUUACGGAACAAACAAGACAUGUCCACCACUCCUGGUGGAGUAGCUGCUUCUGUUACUGUAGCUGCCAGGAUGAAUGAAAGGAGUCAACAACAACAAUCUUAAUUUUCUCCAACUAAAAUCCUUAUUGGAAGGAUGGAUAGUUGGUUUACCUUCUCUAUGUUGUGAUGGUGUACUGCCUCUUUUUUUUGCUGUGUGUGGUUGCCUUGAGACUUGUAAGCAACCAACGCAGUUUUGGUUCAGUGUUUGUUGGUAGUAGUCAGUUAUGGUCGAUAAGAAAUAUCGUUUGUAUGUAUGUUAUUUACUCUUUAAGUUUGCUUCAGAUAUACCAUU